UUUUUUCAAACUGGCCAAUGAGGAGCGUCCCAGCGCUUUCAAGCCUCCUGGUCGGCGCGUCACGUGGUGCGCCAGGCGACUUCUCAUUGGCUGUUGGUGAAGGCGGCCGCCAAAUACGAACUGAGGGGGGAGAAUCCAAUAACCGAUGUGGAGGCACCGCGGCCUGUGACCGGAGAGAGGAGGAGACCGGAGAGCUUCCAGGGGCAAACAUGGCGAAGAGAGUGAGCAUGAUGGACGGCCACGGCGGCGUGAAUAAGAAGCCGUCCCCGGCCCGGGUGCGAGUGGCGGUCCGGCUUCGGCCGCCCAUGGAGAAGGACGAGGAGAAGGCCUGUGUCCGGGGUCUGGACUCGCAGUCACUGGAGAUCGUCAACUGGAGGAACCAACUGGAAACCAUGCAGUACCAGUUUGACGCCUUCUACGGAGACAAGGCCACGCAGCGGGAGAUUUACACCGGCUCAGUCUACCCAAUUCUUCCUCACUUGUUGGUCGGACAGAACGCCAGCGUGUUUGCCUAUGGACCGACAGGAGCCGGUAAGACCCACACCAUGCUGGGGAACCCGAACCAGCCGGGCAUCAUACCACGAGCUGUGCGAGACCUGCUGCAGAUGACCCGGGGGGUGGACGGGAAGCUUGAGGAGGAGAACUGGAGCUACUCCAUCACCAUGUCCUACGUGGAGAUUUACCAGGAGAAGGUGAUGGAUCUGCUGGAGCCCAAGAACAAGGACCUUCCAAUCCGAGAAGACAAAGACCACAAUAUCCUCAUCCCCGGGGUGACUCAAAAGACCAUCAACUCCUUCUCAGACUUUGAUGAGCAUUUUAUUCCCGCCAGCCAGAACCGCACAGUCGCCAGCACCAAGCUCAACGACCGAUCCAGCCGCAGCCACGCCGUCCUGCUUAUCAAGAUGCAGAAGAAUCAGCAGGUCCCUCCAUUCCGGCAGCUGACGGGGAAACUUUACCUCAUAGACCUGGCCGGGUCUGAAGACAACCGCCGCACCGGGAACCAGGGCAUCCGCCUGAAGGAGAGCGGCGCCAUCAACUCCUCCCUCUUCACCCUCAGCAAAGUGGUGGACGCCUUAAACCAGGGGCUCCCAAGAAUCCCCUACAGAGACAGCAAGCUGACCCGGCUCCUGCAGGAUUCGCUCGGUGGCUCCGCCCACAGCGUCAUGAUCACAAACAUCGCCCCGGAACAGAAGUAUUACUUUGACACACUCACUGCCCUCAACUUCGCUGCCAAGUCUAAGCAGAUUAUCAACAAACCGUUCAGUCAGGAGACCACGCAGGCCCCAGCUCAUCCCACCAUGAAGAGACCGCGGGAGGAUGUGGAGAAUAACACCUCAACCCGACAGCCUAAAAAAACCAAGAUGGAUUCCAUAGAAGAGUCUCCUAAUAUGACCAGAGAUGGCCCUAACCCCAAAAAGGGGAAACUCAAGCUCUCCUCCUUAGACCCAGCGGUAGUGGAGCGGCUGCUGAAGCUGGACAAGAUCCUGAGCGAGAAGGGAAAGAUGGAAAACCAGCUACUGAGCACGCCCAAGCGGGAGCGCAUGGCCCUCCUGAAGAAGUGGGAGGAGAGUCAGGUGGAGAUCGAGAGGCUGAAGGAGAAGCAGAAGGAGCUGGAGGAGAAGGCUCUGGCGGCUGAAGCUCGGCUCGAGAAAUCAAACAGCUCAGACUUCGAGUUGUCGGACUCCAGUGUGAACGAGAGCACGUUCCGGGCCCCUCUGAGGACUCGCGCCACCUCCACCGCCAAGACCAAGAAAGUGCUCCGCGUCCUGCCCCUGCAGGGUGAGAAUCUUGGAGACCUCACAGCUAAGGGCGAGCUGUCUGGCACGGGCCUGGGUCUCAAUCCAAACGCCAAAGAAGAAGGGAUCACGGUGGUGGAGAAGAAAACCCGGAAAGCGCACGCCGGCCGGGAGAACGAGCCCAGCUGGGAGGUGAACAUGAGGACGGAUCUGCUCCAGAAGGGACGGGAGAAGAUCCUCAACCUACUCAACACCGGAUCCCUGAAGGAGCUAAAGUCCCUGCAGAAGAUCGGAGAGAAGAAGGCCAAGCUGAUCGUGGGCUGGAGGGAGGUCAACGGGCCCUUCAAGAGUGUGGAGGACCUGGCCUCUAUGGAAGGGAUGUCCACCAAACUAGUCGCCUCCUUUUUAAAGAUCAACAUUCUGAGCAUAGUCGCGAGCUGAAUCCGCCCUGGACCCUGCACUUCUCACUGAGGAGCCGUCGACUCAUGGAUUCUAUGAAACCUCUUAACCCCUUGAUGCCUGUUCCCCUGCCCGCUGGUGAAGGAGGAUUUUGUGCCCGCGGACUGUCCGGCAUCCUCGAUGUUUUCUUCUCUAGAUCUGACUAUUUACCCCCCCCCACACAUCGUGAGGCCAGAGACCGUGGGGGAGGGAGGGGGGGGGGGGGUGUUAUUUUACGAGUAUGAAUAGUAUUUUUGGUAAGUAUGAGCUGAAUCCGAGCAGAACGCGCCCACCCCUGACCCUACACAAGGCAUCAUGCAGAUGGGACCUCCCCUUUGUAUAAUGUAUGCGCCAGUGUAACCACUCAUGUAUAUAUGAACAAUCAUUUUAAAGAAAACAUUGAACAGACUGAUCUGCCCUGCGGGGGGCGCUGUUGUCGGGAGACUCCUGCAGAUGGCGAUUAUAAUGUAAGUUAUUUGCUCAGAUACUGGAUCAAGCAGCAGGUCCAGGGCUGGGGAAGUCUGUUCCAUUUGUAUUAUUCUAUUUUCCAUAUGUUCUGGCCGUGAAUAAUGUAUGUUUUUGUUAAAU